CAGCUACCUAAACCCCACGGAGCAGGUUAACACGUCACCUGGCGUUUAAUUAACAGCUGGGGGAGCUCAGGCUGAUUGAAGCGGCUCCGAAACGCUGUUAAAAUCGAACCUUUUACGUCCUGAGACCCAGCAACAGAUGCUUUCAACGCUGAAGUGCUCUGUCGAUAGCAUGAAAAAACAGGAGCUAGCAGCAAACGUGUUGAAAGGAAACGCCAGAGUUUCAAAGUUGCACAGCAAGUUUGCACAGAAAAGUUGGAAUCACACAUUUCAGCUUGUCCGAAGAUGCAUGGAGAAAUCCAGGAAGAAAUCCAAACCUUGUGAGCUGUUUGUAAGAACUUUGGAAAGACUCCAGGGAGUUCUUCAGGCACCCUCUAUGAACAACAUGAAAUCCCGAUUGGAAAUGAUUGCCAAACAACAAGGGAUGGGUUUUCACUUUACAGAGGCCACCUGCUACCUGACGGCUGACUUAUUUUACCUGGAGGUGUUGUUGCUGCCAUCUGGUGAGGUGCAGGAGGUAAAGGUAGCCUCACAUGGAGAACACCCUGUUCCCAGCAAUUCCAUUUUGCAUCUGCUUAGGUCCAAUAACUUUGCUGAUUUCUCUGUGAGGUUGGGAGAACUGUUUGCCCAAUACAAUAUUCCUGGAGACAAUGAAACCAAAUCAAAAUUGUUGACAUCCCUAAAAUACCUUUGGAAAGACCUACAGCAAAUAUCAGAUCUACCAAAUGAACUGAAGGUCUGUGAAACUCAAAUGGGCUUGAUAAACGAUGGCAGGGUUGGCUUUUUAAUGGCAGGAGAACAAGAUUAUCCUCUGUCUCUUUACUUCUAUAUCUCUCCAAAUGAUGGCCCGAAAAACUCUGAUUUGUCAUUUAAGGAAUUGUCAGAGUUCAAACCAGCUGUCCAGGCAGCCCAAGUUACCAUUGGUGUCAGCGACGUGACCCACAAGCUUAAGAUGACGUCUGUAAUCUCACAGCCUCCUCGGCUGGAUAAUCAGGGUUGUCCAGCUCUCUUUGCACUCAGCGAGGUGCCAAAUGAGAUGCUGUCUGCAUGGUUCCUGCUCAGGCUGAAGCCACCAAUACCUGUGCUCUCUUCUUUUAUUGAGAUGGUUGGACAAAUUACAGAUGUGACUGUACCAGUUUCUGACCUGCAGUGGGCAUCGUUACCCAAGCUUCUUAUAAAGGGUUCUGCAAGUGCAAGCAGCCUGUCAGAGCCAUUAGACAAACAGGAGAUCUUCACAGUGCUUUUGCCUGACACCGGGAUGCACACUUAUAUUUUACUUGAAACUGCUUGGGUUGCUCCUACACAAAGAGCAGCCUUGAUGGACACCGUUCCUUUCACCCAUCCGGCUCAUGUCUCAGCCAUACUGGAGCUACUGCGUCACCAGUGUGCUGUUAACACCCUACUGAGUAGCUGUUUAACUCCUCGGAGUACCAGUCCAGCAGCUUCAGUUUGUGACCUGCACUUUGAAGUCCGACCCGAGUCCACAACCAGCAUUUCUGUGACCUUCAAUGAACCCCAUACUGACUCGCUUGCUGUUUUGCUGGUCAAUGUAUCUAAUCCCCGUCAGAUCACCUGCAAAUUGUUUGGAGUAGGAUUACCUGAUCCGUCACUGGAAGAAUACAUGUCCACAGUUAUGAAAAGUUGUAUGUCAAUUCCUGUGACCAUGAGGACAUUAUACAGCAGGAUUGAAGAAAUCGCCACUGCUCCACUUUCCACCAACCACCCCACCACCACAGAAGCUCAGAAUGACCACUCAAGUCUUCUGAUGGACACCGAUGGCCAGCUGUCUGCAGUCCCCCAUGCCAGAGCCUAACGGUGUUCCUGAUUCAGCUUGCAGUACUGUAUCUGUGGCUAAAUCUGAGCUUCAUCCUGAAAUAAAUGCCGGCGUGCUUGUCAACCCUUA